UGUCUUCAAUCUCUAUUGUUGUUACCCUUGGGUCUACGUUAGUGAGCUAUACGAUUUGAAUUUUAAUACUACCACCACCAGGCGACACUUCGUGCCCUAACUGAUUCUGCGCAGCACGCGAUCAGUUUCGCACCGACAGUCAAGCAUAACGGUUUACAGGCGACGCAUUUCGCACCCGGGUUAACAAGUUUGAAUCGUGUUCGCGCCCUCCAACAAAACAAGUGUCCCCACUUCAACGUUAGAGCCGAUAGCUGACAGUCCUGGCAAAGGUUGAGCAAAGUUUUCUGCACGAUGGCAUUUAACAAGGACGAAAUGCAAGCACCGAGCUGGAUGAAUCGGAGCUUCUUCGAGACGGUGUUGCGUCACGCGGAACGGGACAGCACACUUGUGGUGGAGAAUUUUCGCAUCCUGCCCGGCACGAAACCGGGCGACCAUUUUGCGAGCGUGAUCUUCCGUGCGAUCGUGCGCCACAGCCGAUCGGCAGAUGAGGUGUCACUGAUCGUUAAGACGCUCCCGGCAGAGGAUGGACUAAAGAAGGACAUCCUGAAGGAUGGGUACGUGUUCGAGACGGAAACGCUCAUGUACACGAGGAUUGUUCCGGCGAUGCACCAGCUCUUGCAGUCCGUCGGCGAUCAUACCGUGCUGGGUGCGAGGCUUUUGUAUCACCAAAAAGAACCCAUUUGGGUAAUGGUUUUCGAAGAUAUCACGAAACAUGGCUACGAAAUGAAGAAACAGCAGCUUGAUUUGGAGGAAUCGAGAGUAGUCUUCGCCAAGCUGGCCCGAUGGCAUGCUGCAUCUAUGACCCUUAUCGAUACGCAUCCGGAGAUGAAAACUCUCAACAAAGGCGUCUACACGCUGUUCGAAGAAAAUCAUCAAUUUUUGCAAAUGUGGCAAAGCAACGUGGCACUGCUGUCUUCGAUCGUAAAAGAUAUGCCGGCACUCGAACAAUUCUCCGAAAGAAUAGCGAACGUGAAGGAGAAAAUAUUUAAGCGUGCCUCCGCCAUCUACAGCUACGAUCCAACGUCAUACGUGCACGUGCUCAACCACGGUGAUUGCCACUUUAAAAAUAUGAUGUUCAAACGUACCGAUGGAAAGCUAGACGAUAUUAUGCUGCUUGAUUUUCAGCUCAGCGUUUGGGGGACACCGGCGAUCGAUCUUAUCUACGCGAUGUACAAUUCGGUUUCGAUCAACACCCGUGAGCAACACCGUGAUGAAUUGAUCAAUUUCUAUUACGAGGAGCUGAUCGAAUGCUUGAAAAAGUUUGGAUAUCUUCGCAAAUUUCCCACACUGUUGGAGAUUAAUUUGGAAAUGUUAAAGUGUGGUCAUUUGGAGUUCCUGCUUGCGGCCACCUUUGUACCGUUUAUGUGCGUGGAUAUAAGCGAAGUUAUAGAAAUGCCAAAGGAAGGUGAAGGUUUCGAAAUGGAUUUUGCUGAUCUUGAUAAAAUGAUGGACAGUUUCAAGCAAUGCUUCUUAACUCCUGUCUAUGUUGAGUACAUUACCAAAAAUUUGCCGAAGUUCGCACACAAAGGUCUGAUAGAUCUGGAAUGAUCGCUGCCGUCCAAUCGUUCGUUCUUUUCCUCUGCACAUCCAGCACCAGGUAUUCUGUUAACAAGAGAAUCUUCCAAAAGAUUCACAUUUAUGCAAGUGUUAUGUAUUUCACUCACCGCAAGAAAAGGGCAAGGGAUGCCAUGCAUACCGAAUCCUUCGAAGGUCCAUAUAAAUUCACCAAAUAAAGGAUCGCUCAAGCAUUAAA